AUGCCACCUAUGCCACAAAGUUAUGCACAACAGCAACCUUCAAAUUGGGACAAGUUCAAAAUGGGGUUGAUGAUGGGUACCACCGUCGGCGUUUGUACUGGGAUUCUAUUUGGUGGAUUUGCCAUCGCUACUCAAGGUGCAGGCCCAGAUGGUGUUGUUAGAACGCUAGGUAAAUACAUCGCUGGCUCAGCCGGUACUUUUGGGUUAUUUAUGUCCAUCGGGUCUAUUAUUAGAAGUGAUGGUGACUUAAGCUCAGCGCCCAAUCCUAACUUGAAUCUACAGCAACAGGCAAGACUUGAAAUGUGGAAAAUACGUGCCAGAUUCGGUAUGCAUAAAGAUUGA